GUGUGGACAAGGCUGCGUACCUGAUGGGCAUCAGUGCCUCAGAGCUGCUGAAAGGCCUGCUGAACCCUCGAGUCAAAGUUGGGAAUGAGUUCAUUGUUAAAGGGCAGACAGUUGAGCAGGUCAACUACGCCGUGGCGGCCUUGGCCAAAGCCACUUAUGACCGUAUGUUCAAGUGGCUCGUGGGUCGAAUCAACUCGUCUUUAUACACCUCGCUGCCCCGACAGUACUUCAUCGGAGUUCUCGACAUCGCCGGAUUCGAAAUCUUUGAAUUAAACAGCUUCGAGCAGCUGUGCAUCAACUUCACGAACGAGAAGCUGCAGCAGUAUUUCAACCACCACAUGUUCGUCCUGGAGCAGGAGGAGUACAAGACCGAGGGGAUAGAGUGGACCUUCAUAGACUUUGGUCUGGACCUGCAGGCCUGCAUUAACCUCAUAGAGAGGCCAAUGGGGAUUCUGUCCAUCAUGGAGGAGGAGUGCAUGUUCCCCAAAGCCACAGACCACAGCUUUAAAACCAAACUGUACGACCACCACCUGGGAAAGUCCCCGAACUUCCAGAGACCACGACUUGACAAGAAGCGCAAAUACGAGACCCACUUUGAGGUGGUUCACUACGCCGGAGUGGUGCCGUACAACAUCACAGGCUGGCUGGACAAGAACAGAGAUCCCCUGAAUGAGACCGUGGUGGCGCUCUUCCAGAAGUCCUCCAGCAAACUGAUGGCUGGGCUGUUUGAUUAUUACAUCUGCGCUGAGACGGCGAGUGGACACAAGAGUGAGACCAAACACAGGAAGAGGAAAGCUGCGUCUUUUCAGACCGUGUCACAGUUGCACAAGGAAAAUCUGAAUAAACUGAUGGCGAACCUCCGCAGCACUCAGCCUCACUUUGUCCGCUGUAUAAUCCCCAACGAGACCAAGAAUCCAGGUGUGAUAGAUCCCUUCUUGGUCCUCCAUCAGCUGAGGUGUAAUGGCGUCCUCGAAGGAAUCAGGAUUUGCCGAAAGGGCUUUCCGAACCGUCUCCUGUACGCCGAGUUCAAACAGCGUUACCGUAUCUUAAACCCUUCUGCCAUCCCCGAGGACUCGUUUAUGGACAGCAGGAAGGCUGCAGAGAAGCUCCUGGGCUCUCUUGAUGUAGACCACACCCAGUACAAGUUUGGACAUACAAAGGUUUUCUUUAAGGCUGGUUUGUUGGGUCAGCUGGAGGACAUGAGAGACCAUCGCCUGUCUCACAUCAUCACCGCUGUUCAGGCCAUGUGUCGAGGGAAGCUGAUGAGGAUCGAACGACAGGAUUUGACAUUGAAGAGGGAUGCUUUGAUGGUCAUCCAGCUCAACGUCAGGGCAUUCUUCUCAGUUAGAACUUGGCCAUGGAUGAUGAUGUUCUACAAGCUCCGUCCACUACUAAAGAGCGCCCAAGUGGAGAAGGAACUGGCUGCGCUGAAAGAGGACUUUGCCAAGUUAAAAGAGGCCUUUGAAAGGUCUGAGGUGAAGCGGCGGGAGGCCGAGGAGCGGCAGGUGGUGUUGGUUCAAGAGAAAAAAGAUUUGGCUCUACAGCUUCAAGCAGAGCAAGACAACCUAAUGGAUGCGGAGGAACGCUGCAAUCAACUGAUUCAGUCUAAAAUCUCCCUGGAGUCAAAGCUGAAGGAGAUGCAGGAGCGAUUAGAGGAUGAAGAGGAGGUGACUGCCAACUUGACAUCCAAGAAGCGUCAGCUGGAGGACGAGCUGGCAUCGCUAAAGAGAGAUGUUGACGACCUGGAGAUGACACUGGCCAAAGUAGAGAAAGAGCGACACAGUGUUGAAACCAAGGUGAAGAACCUGUCACAUGAGAUGUGUGUUCUGGAUGAAUCCAUUGCAUCUUUGAGCAGAGAGAAAGCGGCCCUGUUGGAGGCUCACCAGCAGGCACUUAUUGACCUCCAGGCGCAAGAGGACAAGGUCAACAUGCUGGCUAAAGCCAAAGCUCGACUGGAGCAGCAAGUGGACAAUGCUGAGGCUUCCUUAGAGCAGGAAAAGAGGGCACGAAGCGAACUGGAUCGAACUAAACGUAAACUCGAGGGUGAUCUGAAGCUGUCCAUGGAUUCAGUGAAGGACUUGGAGAACCAGAAGGAAGAGCUGGAGGACAGACUGAAGAAAAAAGACUUUGAGUUGGAUCAGUUUCAAGCCAAAAUUGAGGAUGAGCAGAGUGUGGCUGCUCAGCUUCAGAAGAGGAUGAAGGAGCUUCAGACUCGCAUUGAGGAGUUGGAGGAGGCGCUGGAGGCAGAGAGGGCGUGGCGACUCAAAGCUGAACGUCAGAGGAACGACAUGGCCAAGGAGCUGGAGGAGCUGGGAGAGAAGCUGGAGGAGGCAGGAGGAGCCUCGGCUGCUCAAAUCGCCCUCAACAGAAAGCGAGAGGCUGACUUUCAAAAGAUGCGGCGGGAGCUGGAGGAGGCGGGGCUUCACCAUGAAGCUACAGCCGCCACUCUGAGGAAGAAGCACUCAGACACGGUGGUGGAGCUCAGCGAGCAGAUCGAAGGUCUGCAGAGAGCCAAACAGAAACUGGAGAAGGAAAAGACUGAGAUCAAGCUGGAGGCUGAUGACCUGGCUGCAAACGUAGAGCAACUGACCAGAACAAAGAAGCUGGAGAGCGCAGCGUGGAAUGGCACCGCCGCCAACAGACAUACAAGGCCUCCCUGCACAGAGCAGGAGCAGGAGGAAGAGGAGGAAGAGCAGCUGAUGAAGAGUCUACUCAAGCAGAUGUGUUUGAUGUCGCAGAUAUUCCUGAAGCUCCUGAUUGGCUGA